CCUGCCCUGCUCCCGUGACCCGUCGGGCGUCGGCUCUCCCACGCGCAGCCGCCUCACGCAGCGCAUCGCCGCAUUCUCCCGCUCGACCUGACGGCUGACGCAGCGCCUCCGCCUCUCGUCGGCCGCCGUCCGCUGGCCGCCGUCCGUGAGGCCGCCUCCUGCCAGCCGCCGUCCGCCUCCCGCGGCCACGGGCCGCGAGGCCGCCUCCCGCCGGCCGCAGGCUGCCUCCCGUCGGCCUCCGUUCGCCCGUGAUUACUCCCGUCGGCCUCCGGCGUAAGGAGCCCCAGCCCCUGUUCAGUGACAUUCAAAUUUAAGAUAAUCUGCUGUAGAACACAAACGUUCGCCACAGAUGAUUGAUGAUGAGGCCAAUUUCGACAUCCUUGAUGCCUCAGAAGAAGUGCAGGCUGCUGCAAAGUUCCGUCCCAAGCAACGGGCCAAACCCCGAAAAACAGUUUUGUCAUCCAGAUCUGCAGCAUCUAAUCCUACUGUAGAAAAUGGAAAUGGAAAACUAGGAGUCUCAAAUCAAGUCAGUUCUUCUAAAGAACUCACUAGCCAAGAAAGAGCAUCCUUGACAUGCCCUGGUAGUGAGACAAUUGAUGAUGUAGCUGGUUCUCAAGUUAUUCUUGAGACAUCAUCGGAUGAUGUGCUGACAGUUCCAUUGGGACCUCCGGGUGGUACUUCUGCUGCAGAUAGGAUUUCUCAAGAUGACAAGAACAAUGCUGAUUCGUCUAAAUUAGCUACGCAUAAAAAAAUCUUGGUGGUUCCAGAUAUCCAAGUGUCACCUGCUAGUUCAUGUGGCAAGACUAUUGAUGAUAUAGUUGAAUUUGAGGAACUGUUUGGUGCACAGGAUAAGGAGGAAAGAGAUGCAAAGUUCCAGCCAAAGGUACAGACGAAGCUCCUUAAGGCCACCAAAUCUCAAAAGACUAACCAAAAGGUUGAAGCUUCCCCUGUAGACGAGGCUACACAAAAGGAAAGCCGUGAUAAUAUUCAGACAAGACUCCAUUAUGAUCAGCUACAGGACCCUAAAUGUCAUGGAAGCGUGCAGACCCCAGAUUCUGAAGGAUUAUUGGCAACCAGUAAUAAUGAUAUUGGCAAUUUAGCUAACCUCGACAGUGUCCUUGAGGUGUCAGUUCAAGAGGAAACAAUAGCGAAGUUUCGUCCUAAAUUGCGACCGAAGCCUGCGAUGGUUUCAUCGAAGGUUGUUGGGACUAAUGAUAAUACCACUGCAGCUACUCUGAUGGUUGGAAUUUGUGCCGAAAACAAUGAUGUGCCAACAAAACCUAAAGAUCAAGAAACCAUCACCGCUCCAGCCACUUGGUCACCACAGGAUGUGGAUGCUACUGUUGAUUUAGACAACCACAAUGAACUAAUUAAUUCUCCUAUUGAUGGUACUCAAUCGAUGGUUGGAGAAGUCUCAGCUGAAGCUACUUGUAAGUCUCAACCUAGUGUUGGAAGAGAAAAGGGGAAAGGGAAAUCUGUAUCUUUUGCGAUGCCAGAUGCUUCUGGGGUCGUUACUCCUACAGUUACCAAUUCUGAGAUGGAUAACGUCAGCGAUUCCUAUAAUGACAAAUUGAUUGAUGAAAAUUUAAGUAACUUGUCGCAGCAGACAGUUCAAAAGAAUUCUAAUGAUCAGGAACAUAAUGAGGGGGAACCAUUAGAUCCUCCUGUUGAACAACAACCAAAAUCGGGUGUUGGAGAAAUCGGGUCAUCUAUGAAACUACGUAGCAGGAAAAAGUCACAGAAAGUUGGGACACAUAAGGAUACGGAUGACUAUUUUGAUGAAGACUUUGUUGAACCUUCAUUAGCUGAAGAAGAUAAUGAUAGUGGUGAUGAUUACACUGCUGGUACUACACGGAAGGUUAGGAAAAAGCCAAGGGAUAGUGUAGAAGAGUCACUGCAGCAAAAGGUCCAAAAGGAUAAAAGCCAGGUAUCUUCACGGGGCCGCAAGAGAACUUUGAAAGAUGCGUCGGCAGAAAAACCUGAGAAGAAGCUUACCCACAGAAUUCGUCAGAGCAGAGCGAAAGAGGUUAAGACUUUACUGGAAAAACCUCGUGAGGAGAUAGAUCCCAUGAAGCUAAGUGCAGCACAUCUCAGGUUGUUACAAGAGGCCAGAGAGCGUGUUAAUGGAAAAGAGAAUCCACCUGAGCCAUCCUCUAAUUCAAGCAGCUUUCAAUUUGAUGAUAUGGACGAUUUGGACUAUAGAGAUGAGGAAAGAAACUUCGACAAUGAUAGAACACAGAACCCAGCACAAAAUGUAACAAAAUUGAACUACCAUUCCUACAUGAACAAACAAACUCGAGGCAAAUGGUCAAAAUCUGAUACUGACAUGUUUUACAAGGGUCUUCGACAAUUUGGUAGUGAUUUUGCAAUGAUACAGCAAUUACUCCCUGAUAAGACUCGUCACCAGGUGCGGGCAAAAUUUAAAACUGAGGAGAAAAAAAAUCCGUUGCUAGUCCAUGAUGCUAUAAUUCAUCGCUCAGGAGAUAAUCUGUAUUUCAAAACGGUAAUUAAGAAUCUCAACAUUGAAGAUGUUGCACAGCAAGAGAUUAACAAUACCCGUAAACAAGAUGGCGCAUCAAGUGAACGAGGCCCUGGAAAAGAGAAUGUACUGGAUGAUUUCAUCCAUGGGGAGGAAGAUGAUUCGAAUUGGUUGGAUGAAGAGCACAGUGUACAAAAGCCUGAUGUGCAAGAAGAAGAGCAUGCUUCUGGAAACGAUGACGAUGGUGAUCUUGGGGAUGUUUUCGAUUGGUACUAGUACGAUAAUCACGACAGAAAUUAGGGAUCACGAUCUAAUUCUGCUUACUUUGUGAGUUUUAUCUGGAUCAGGUACCUGGGUGGGGUUUACUUGCUCCCUGCUGGCCCGUGAGUUUCCCAGCUCCCUACUAGUUGAUUGCUAACCAGAGGAUAGUGACAGACAGUAUUCGUAUCCCUGUUGCGCUGAUAUUUAGAUGGAAGGGGGAUAUAAUGACACAUCCUUCAUGUAAUGGUUUUUUUGGCCAAGUGGACCUGUGAUGUCCUGGUGAUUACCAUCAGUAGUCACUAGUCAGUAACGGUGGUAGUUACAGAUGUCUCCUGGAGUGCCAAGCUUUGCAAGCAGAUGGGAAAUGAUGAAUAGUUGAUAUCAUAUGAUGCUGGUGAAGUGGCCCUGCCGUAGCUUCCUUUCAACUAAUAUGUUAUUUAACUUGCUGGUAAAUCGAGAGUUCGAUGGAUGUUAGACACGUCAUUAUUCUCUUGGGUACUUUUGUAUAUUGUUGAUGCUCUGUUAACUGAAUUCUGAUGAUUUCUUUGAAAGGUGACGAGGUUUCAUUUGCUGUGA